AAAACCGGAAGUAGCACUUGGUGCGCAUGGCGCUAUUUGAGACGUUAUUUAUCUGAACAAACACAAGUUUUACCUUAAUUGAAAGGAAUAUUUUCUUAACGCAAUAUAAUAGAAAACAGGUCUCUUAAAGAUGGAGGCUGAUCUGUAUGACGAGUUUGGAAACUACAUCGGUCCAGAGCUGGACUCUGAUGACGAUGAAGAUGAUUUGGAUGCAGAGGACAGAGACGUUGAUGAGGGUGACGAGGAUGAUGAUGAUGAGCCCGCUGAUGCUGAUGACGAUGUCCCAGGCAUGGAGGUGGUCCUGCAUGAGGACAAGAAGUAUUACCCAACAGCAGAGGAGGUUUAUGGGCCUGAGGUGGAAACAAUAGUUCAAGAAGAAGAUACACAGCCUCUGACAGAGCCCAUCAUCAAGCCUGUAAAGAACAGGCAGUUCACCCUAAUGGAACAGGAGCUACCUGCCACUGUUUACGACAUGGAAUUCCUUGCUGAUCUCAUGGACAGUCCAGAGCUGAUCCGUAACGUCACCCUGUGCGGUCACCUUCACCACGGAAAGACCUGCUUUGUGGACUGCCUGAUCGAACAGACACACCCAGAAAUCAGGAAGAGGGAUGAUGUGGAUCUCCGCUACACAGAUAUCCUCUUUACAGAACAGGAGAGAGGAGUUGGUAUCAAAAGUACUCCUGUCACAAUGGUCUUACCAGACUCCAGAGGAAAGUCCUACCUUUUCAACAUCAUGGACACACCAGGCCAUGUGAACUUCUCUGACGAGGUCACAUCCAGCAUCCGGAUCUCCGAUGGUAUUGUCCUUUUCAUAGAUGCAGCAGAAGGAGUGAUGCUGAACACAGAGCGCCUCAUCAAGCAUGCAGUUCAGGAACGAAUGGCCAUCACCAUCUGCAUUAACAAGGUGGACCGCCUCAUUGUGGAGCUCAAACUGCCCCCCACAGAUGCUUAUUACAAACUUCGACACAUUGUGGAUGAGGUCAAUGGUUUGCUCAGCACAUAUUCUACUGAUGAGAACCUGGUGGUUUCACCUCUCCUGGGAAACGUGUGCUUCGCCAGCUCUCAGUACAGUAUCUGUUUCACACUGGGGUCCUUUGCAAAGAUCUACUCAGACACAUAUGGGGACAUUAACUAUAAUGAAUUUGCCAAGAGGCUUUGGGGAGAUAUUUAUUUCAACCCGAAAACCCGCAAGUUCACAAAGAAAGCUCCCAGCAGUAAUUCUCAGCGCAGCUUUGUGGAGUUUGUUCUGGAGCCUCUCUACAAGAUCCUUUCACAGGUAGUUGGGGAUGUGGAUACAUCUCUCCCUCGAGUCCUGGAUGAGCUGGGAAUCCAUCUGACUAAAGAAGAGCUGAAGCUCAACAUCAGACCUUUACUGAGGCUGGUCUGUAACCGCUUUUUUGGAGAGUUCACCGGGUUUGUGGACAUGUGUGUGCAGCACAUCCCCUCACCACAAGAGGGGGCUAGGAACAAGAUUGAGCACACCUACACAGGAGGCCUGGACUCAGACCUAGGGGAGGCCAUGGCAGAGUGCGAUCCUGAUGGCCCGUUGAUGUGCCACACCACGAAGAUGUACAGCACCGAGGAUGGGGUUCAGUUCCACGCCUUUGGUCGGGUCCUGAGUGGGACCAUCCAGGCAGGUCAGCCUGUCAAGGUGUUAGGAGAGAACUACACCCUGGAAGACGAGGAGGACUCCCAGGUCUGCACCGUGGGACGCCUGUGGAUUUCAGUCGCCAGAUACCAGAUUGAAGUGAAUCGAGUGCCGGCCGGUAACUGGGUUCUCAUCGAAGGCUGUGAUCAGCCAAUUGUCAAGACCGCCACCAUCACAGAGCCCAGGGGGAACGAAGAGGCUCAAAUUUUCAGGCCGUUGAAGUUCAACACAGCAUCAGUUAUUAAGAUUGCUGUGGAGCCUGUGAAUCCAUCAGAGCUGCCGAAAAUGUUGGAUGGACUGAGGAAAGUGAAUAAGAGUUAUCCAUCUCUCACCACAAAGGUGGAGGAGUCUGGAGAGCAUGUUAUUUUAGGCACUGGAGAGCUGUACCUGGACUGUGUCAUGCAUGACCUACGAAAGAUGUACUCUGAAAUCGACAUUAAAGUGGCUGAUCCGGUUGUGACUUUCUGUGAAACUGUUGUGGAGACAUCUUCUCUUAAGUGCUUCGCUGAAACACCAAACAAAAAGAAUAAGAUCACGAUGAUUGCCGAGCCUCUGGAGAAGGGGCUGGCCGAGGACAUCGAGAACGAAGUGGUGCAGAUCACAUGGAACAGGAAGAAGCUGGGAGAGUUUUUCCAGACCAAGUAUGACUGGGAUCUGCUGGCUGCCAGGUCCAUCUGGGCCUUUGGACCAGACACAACUGGACCAAACAUUCUUGUAGAUGACACACUGCCUUCUGAGGUGGACAAGGCGCUGCUGGGUUCAGUCAAAGACAGCAUCGUUCAGGGCUUCCAGUGGGGAACCAGGGAGGGGCCGCUGUGUGAUGAACCUAUUAGAAAUGUCAAGUUCAAGAUCCUGGAUGCAGUCAUUGCUCAGGAGCCUCUGCACAGAGGAGGAGGCCAGGUCAUCCCUACAGCCAGGAGAGUGGUGUACUCUGCUUUCCUCAUGGCCACGCCAAGGCUGAUGGAGCCAUAUUACUUUGUGGAGGUUCAGGCUCCAGCUGACUGUGUGUCUGCGGUUUACACAGUGCUGGCCCGAAGAAGAGGUCAUGUGACCCAGGACGCGCCCAUCCCAGGCUCUCCUCUCUACACUAUUAAAGCGUUCAUCCCCGCCAUCGACUCCUUCGGCUUUGAGACAGACCUUCGCACACAUACACAGGGACAGGCUUUUGCUCUGUCUGUGUUCCACCACUGGCAGAUUGUUCCUGGUGACCCCCUGGACAAGAGUAUCGUGAUCCGGCCUCUGGAACCCCAGCCUGCCCCCCACCUCGCCAGAGAGUUCAUGAUAAAGACCCGACGACGCAAGGGUCUGAGCGAAGAUGUGAGUAUCAGCAAGUUCUUCGACGAUCCUAUGUUGUUGGAGUUGGCCAAACAAGACGUGGUGCUCAACUAUCCCAUGUGAGAGUAAAAACCCUCAACACAGACUGUAGAGAAGCAAAAACCCCUCCAGUCCAUCACAAGCAAGUCCUCCCCUUCUAUAAAUGGGGCACGUUACGACCAAAACAGCACAGACGCCACAGAAAACAUAAAAAAAAUCCAGGUUCCAAGUCAUGCAACCGACCUGGAAAAGGACAUUUUAAUUGAAACCAUCCAGAGGUUUGUUGCGUCUCGUCUUGCGUUUUUUAUUUUUCAUGUGUAAAAAUGAUUGUUUUUGUAGAUUAACUUUGGAGCUUUUUUUAAAAAAAAAAAAAAGAAAAUUCAUUGAUGUGAUGUGACGUAUGACGGAAUUAAAGAUCUGCGUGUAAUUAAAA